AUGGAGCAAAUAGCUCCCCUCGCUCUCGUGCCGCGGGAUGACGGCCAUAUCUACGUCACCCCCCGCGCGCCUCAAGCAUGCGGGAGCUGUCGCCGGCAGAAGCGGAAAUGCGACAAGGUGCUGCCGAGCUGUAGCCUCUGCUCUCGCAUGAGUCGACCCUGCGACUACACGGAUCCUCUGCAGCAAGUGCCCAGCAACAACCCGUCGGCCAACGAGCUCGCCGCUCUGCAAGCCCGGCUCCUGGACCUCGAGUCGCGGCUGCAAGGCCACGGAUCCGGGCCCGCUCCGGCCCCGGCCGCCGCUCCUCCGGCCCCGAUCGCUCCGCAGCUACCUCCCUCCUCAAAUGGAUACGGCGUGUCCAGGGCCGCUCCGGAUCCCCUAUGGGCUCCGGCAGAAAGCACGUGUCCCCCUGCACUCUUCCUCGAUAUUGACUGCUACAAGUGGACGCGAAUGGGUCUCCCCCGAGGACCUGUUGACGUGCCCAUGGAAGUCCUUGAGCUUCUCAGCGGCUCCAACUUCGUGCAAGAUGUAGCCGCCGAGUACUUCGCCACAAUCCAUCCCUGGUUCCCCAUGAUCUCGAAAAAGAGGCUGAACCUUGGUAUCUGGGACGGCGGCGCGGACCUAGCUUUGCUCUUCCUGGCCAUGAAAGUCAUCAUUACUCCUCCCGUGGAAGGGGUGCCGAGUUCCCGAUGCGCGUACUACACGGCAGCCAAACGCAUGCUUGCCCUGCUUGAAUCCAGCGGCACCAUAUCUCUGCUCUACCUGCAGGCUAUGAUACUUGUAGCCCUGUACGAGUAUAGCCACGCUCUUUACCCAGCCGCGUGGAUGACUGUCGGGGCCUGCUCUCGGUAUGCGGACAUCUUGGGUCUGCCGUCGUUCAGUGAUUCAACGCCUGUUCUAGGACAAUGUACGACCUGGACCGAGGCAGAAGAGAGGAGAAGAGUCUGGUGGUCCAUCUACAUCCUCGACCGCGCGCUGUCGCUGGGAAGCAAAAGGAGGCUGGCAGUGGCAGAGCCCCUGGACACGGACAGCCUCCCGGCUGAUGAUACCGCCUGGGACGAAGGAGACAUGGCCCACGCCUUCCAGCGCCCGGCCUCCCUCCCCUUCUCCGAGCCGCGGCCCCCCUUUGCCCGCCUGUGCCAGACGGCAAUGCUCAUCACCCGCGCGACGACGCACUGCCAGCGCGCCCGCAACCGCUACCGCGCCCUCGUCACCGCCUCCCCGACCGCCAUCUCGGGGCCCCCGUCCGCCGUCAUCGGUACUACUACUACAGCUACCAACAAUCAGCAAUUCCCUUCUCCGGCCGCGUCUUCCCACUCCGGCAAGGACGACGACGGCAGCAACAGCAACAACCCGGCAGCGGGCCCGCAGCAGCCCAUCGCAGAGGCCAAGGCCCUCCUAGAGCACAUCUCAUCCUUCGCCGACACGAUCGCCGCCGAGAUGGACGCCCUCCAGCAGCAGCAGCACCGGUACCACCCGUGCCUGCAAGCCGCGCGCUCCCUCCUCGCCUCGGCCGUCGUGCUCGUCCUCGACCUGUACUCGUGCCCAGAGAACCUCGCCGACGGGCCGUCCAAGGGCCCCGUCUCGGACUGCGGCUUCGACGGCCUCGGCCCCAGCGAGUACGCCUUCCAGAGCCGCGCCGUCGAGGGCCUGACGGCCGCCAGCCGGCAGACCAUGCUGGCGGCGCGCGACAUGCGCCUGAGCGGGGUGGACCCCCGCGCCGUGAGCCCGCUGGUGCUCGACGCGCUCUACUGCGGGCUCGCCGUCUUCCAGUGGCUCGCGCGCGAGAACGGGUCGGCCGAGAUGGAGCGCGGGCUGGCCGACACCAGGGAGAGCCUCGGGUACCUGCGCCCGAGGUGGAGGUUGGCCGAGGAGUACAUGAAGCUGGAAAAGUAUCACGACGCUACCGAGUUGAUGUCACUAAGGAAUGGGUGA